CUUCAGGACGACGGAAAAAUGGCUGCAAAACACAGACGUGAAAAUGAGCCUUUAUGUGAAUGACGGGAAUGUUUCCGGCCCUAUGACUAGUUCCUUCUGUGUGCUGUCUGCGCUGGCAAUCGGUAGACAUGGCGGCUUUUGGAGAAAUGGGCGUGAUGCCGGAAAUCGCUCAGGCCGUGGAGGAGAUGGAUUGGCUCCUCCCCACUGAUAUCCAGGCAGAAUCCAUACCCCUGAUCCUGGGCGGAGGCGACGUGCUCAUGGCUGCAGAGACCGGAAGUGGAAAAACUGGGGCUUUCAGUAUACCUGUCAUCCAAAUUGUGUAUGAAACCUUGAAGGAUCAACAAGAGGGGAAGAAGGGUAAAACCUCAAUAAAGACUGGAAGCUCAGUGUUAAAUAAAUGGCAGAUGAAUCCAUAUGACAGAGGAUCAGCCUUCGCUAUUGGAGCAGAUGGGCUGCUUUGUCAGAGCAGAGAGGUGAAGGACUGGCAUGGCUGCAGGUCAACCCGAGGAGUCACUAAAGGAAAGCAUUACUACGAGGUGUCCUGCCAUGACCAAGGAUUGUGCAGAGUGGGGUGGUCUACCCCACAGGCCUCCUUAGAUCUCGGAACUGACAAGUUUAGCUUUGGUUUUGGUGGAACAGGGAAGAAAUCCCAUAACAAGCAGUUUGAUAAUUACGGCGAGGAAUUCACAAUGCAUGACACUAUUGGCUGUUAUCUGGACAUAGAUGGUGGCCGUGUAAAGUUCUCUAAAAAUGGCAAGGACCUUGGUCAUGCGUUUGACAUCCCUUCUCAUCUAAAGAACCAGGCCUUCUUUGCAUCGUGUGUUUUGAAGAAUGCUGAACUGAAGUUUAACUUUGGAGAUGAGGAGUUCAAGUUUCCUCCUAAGGACGGGUUUGUUGCUCUGUGCAAGGCCCCGGAAGGCCAAGUUGUGAAAUCACAGAAUGCAGGGAGUGCACAGGUGGCACAAACCAAGAAUGUUCCAAAUGCACCAAAAGCCCUUAUCAUUGAACCAUCCAGAGAGCUGGCAGAACAGACUCUGAAUAAUGUGAAACAGUUCAAGAAAUAUGUUGAGAAUCCAAAGCUAAGGGAAUUGCUUAUCAUUGGAGGAGUUGCUGCAAAGGAUCAGCUGGCUAUGCUUGAGGGUGGGGUUGAUAUAGUGGUGGGCACUCCGGGCAGAAUUGAUGAUCUCAUUUCAACAGGGAAACUUAAUCUAUCACAAGUGCGGUUCCUGGUACUUGAUGAAGCUGAUGGACUGUUGUCCCAGGGAUAUUCCGACUUCAUUAAUAGAAUUCAUCAUCAGAUCCCGCAGGUCACCUCGGAUGGGAAGAGAUUACAGGUGAUAGUUUGCUCCGCCACCCUUCAUUCUUUCGAUGUAAAGAAGUUGUCGGAGAAGAUCAUGCACUUUCCUACAUGGGUGGACUUGAAAGGAGAAGACUCUGUGCCUGAAACUGUGCAUCAUGUUGUUGUCCCAAUCAACCCCAAGAAAGAUAAGCAGUGGGAACGACUUGGCAAGAACCAUAUUCGAACUGAUGGUGUACACGACAAAGAUAACACUAGGCCCGGUGGUACUUCUGCAGAAACUAUGUCAGAAGCAAUAAAAAUCCUGAAGGGAGAGUACGCGCUGCGUGCCAUCAAGGAACAUAACAUGGACCAAGCCAUUAUAUUCUGCCGCACUAAGCUGGACUGUGAUAAUAUGGAGCAAUACUUUAUACAGCACGGAGGAGGACCUGACAGAAAAGGACAUCAGUUCUCAUGUGUAUGUCUUCAUAGUGACAGAAAGCCGCAUGAGAGAAAACAAAAUCUGGAAAGAUUUAAGAAAAACGAUGUCCGGUUCUUGAUCUGUACGGAUGUGGCUGCCAGAGGUAUCGAUAUCCGUGGAGUCCCUUAUGUUAUCAAUGUAACCCUUCCAGAUGAGAAGCAGAACUAUGUCCACCGCAUUGGUAGAGUGGGCCGAGCUGAGAGAAUGGGUUUGGCAAUUUCUCUGGUUGCAUCAGAAAAAGAAAAGGUUUGGUAUCAUGUUUGCAGCAGUCGUGGAAAAGGCUGUUAUAACACCAGACUAAAGGAAGAAGGAGGCUGCACUAUUUGGUACAAUGAGAUGCAGCUGCUGUCAGAAAUUGAGGAGCACUUGACCUGCACUAUAUCCCAAGUGGAGCCUGAUAUGAAGGUGCCCCUGGAUGAAUUUGAUGGAAAGGUGACCUAUGGACAAAGGAGGGCUACUGGAGGUGGCCUCUAUAAAGGACAUGUAGAAAUGUUGGCACCAACCGUACAGGAAUUGGCUUCUCUAGAAAAGGAGGCCCAGACAUCUUUCUUGCACCUUGGAUAUCUCCAGAACCAGCUCUUCAGAACCUUCUAAUAUGGGAAAUAUUGACGUUCAUCUUCCUGAGAAUCCUGAUGACAUUGUGUGGAUCCAGCAGCUGAACGCUCCGAUAUACUCACUGUCAUGCACUUAUCCAGCUUGUAGAAGUGAUAAUAUGGACGUUUACUGUUCUUCAAUUGGAUUUAUUUUUUUUGGUCCAUACUAGACUUUUAAUUUAAUGCAUCAUGUAGUUCUGUUUUUUUUCCAAGAUGUUUGACAUUGUUCAGUGCAUGCAGUGGAGAUAAUAAAUGCAUUUAAUGCAAA